AUGUAUGGAUAUAAAGAAAAUUCAAGCGCAGAAGAGAUAUUGAAGACAGCUUUGAUAGGUUUAGCGGUUAAGGUAAUUUUCGCGUUAAUCGUCGCUGCGGCCGCGGCAGCCCCUCAAGCCCCAACUGAGCCUAUUCCCAUCCUCAGACAAGACAGUGAAAUUAAUGGUGAUGGCUCAUAUCAGUACGCAUUUGAAACUGGAAAUGGUAUAAGCGCUGACCAAAAGGGAUCCCUGAAGAAGGUUGGUGAUGUUGAAGCUUUGGAGGUUCAAGGACAGUUUCAGUACCCAGGAGAAAAUGGAAACAUCCAGUUGACUUACACCGCUGAUGAGAAUGGUUACCAGCCCCGAGGUGACCACUUACCCACUGCACCUCCAGUACCCGAAGCUAUCCAGAGAGCUUUAGCCUAUAUUGCCACAGCUCCUCCACAGCCUGAGAACGCGUAA